AGAUGAUCAAGGGUUGAAAGAAGCACAAAAGCUGAUCCAAAAGGUGGAACUUUAAAAGCCUAAAAUUAAAGAAAGCUGUUCAUCUAACCGAAAGAAAGAAAUCCCUUUUUCCUCCCUGGUGCUCUACCUUUCUCUCUUCCUCCCUCAAUCUCCAUAAUUACUUCAUUUCAAAAACUCAGAAAUCAAACUUGCAAGUUUAUAAUAAAACCCAUGUUAACCAAUACCUCUUGCUCUUCAGUUCCUUCUUCUGAUCCAUUUUCUUGCUUAGAAAAUGGUAAUAGCAAUAAAAAGAAAAGAAAACCAGCUGGAACACCAGAUCCAGAUGCGGAGGUGGUUUCACUUUCGCCCAAGACACUACUGGAAUCAGAUCGUUAUGUUUGUGAGAUCUGCAACCAAGGAUUUCAAAGGGAUCAAAACCUGCAGAUGCACAGGCGGCGGCAUAAGGUGCCAUGGAAGUUGUUGAAAAGGGAGACGCCGGUGGCUAGGAAGCGCGUGUUCGUGUGUCCGGAACCGAGUUGCUUGCACCAUGAUCCCUGCCAUGCCUUAGGCGAUUUGGUUGGGAUCAAGAAGCAUUUUAGGAGAAAACACAGUAACCAUAAGCAGUGGGUCUGCGAGAAGUGCUCCAAAGGCUAUGCUGUUCAAUCUGAUUAUAAGGCCCAUCUUAAGACCUGCGGUACCCGCGGACAUUCUUGCGACUGCGGCCGAGUUUUCUCCAGGGUUGAGAGUUUCAUUGAACAUCAAGAUGCUUGCCAUAUGGGGCGUAUUCGAUCGGAAUCUCAAGGGCUGCAGCCGGCAGCUUGUUUGUCCCGAACAGCUUCGAGCUUGAGUACUCCAUCCAGUGAUACCAAUUUCAGCACUGCUCCUUGGCCUGGUUUGAUGUUGGCAAAGCCGAGUACAGAUCCCAUGUUCUUGAGCCCUACACAAAAUAAUUCUCCCAGAAAUGCGCUUCACCACAAUUUGGAGCUCCAGCUCUUAACCAUAUCAAAUCAGGAUUAUUCACCAAGGAAAGAUGACCAUGAUGAUCAUGGUGACCAGAAUCAUUCUACUCAGCUGCAACUCUCCAUUGGAUCAUCUGAUUACAGCGAGAGUAGUAAGGAGAGUGAGAAACCGGAGGCCGGGUUUGAAGAAGCAGCACGCAAGCAGUUGAAGUUGGCCAUGGAGGAGAAAGCCUAUGCUGAGGCAGUGAGACAGGACGCAAAGAGACAUGUUGAGUUAGCCGAGCUAGAGUUUGCGAAUGCAAAGAGGAUUAGGCAACAAGCACAAGCUGAAGUUAGUAAGGCUCGAGCUUUGAAAGAUAAGGCAAUCAAGCAAAUCAAUUCCAUUAUUCUUGAAAUCACUUGCCAUGCUUGCAAGCAGCGGUUUCAAGAAAUAACACCUCCGCAUGACAAUUUCCUUGUUUUGAGUUCCAAAUGCAAAUCAAGUGUGUGUUUUGAUAAUAAUUGAUAAUCUUGAUGGACCAUAGUUUGUAUUGCAUUAUUGUAUCUUGCAAAAUGCAAUUCUUGUGGUGUAAUUUCCUUACAAAUGAAAGUUUUGUUGGUAU